AUGACGACGACGACGACGUUACCCGAGACGCCAUCGUGGGGAGUGGGUUGGACCCAGAACGACAUGAUGGAGAAAGAUACCGUCUUGGUCUUGGACGAACGAGACAACGUCAUUGGAUCGGCAUCCAAAAAGACGUCGCACGUCUUCAACGCACAACAACCCCACGGUAUUCUCCACCGAGCCUUUUCCGUCUUUGUCUUUGAACGACAAUCCUCACGGAUGCUGCUCCAACAACGAGCCCAUUCCAAAAUUACCUUUCCCAACGUGUGGACGAAUACGUGUUGUUCGCAUCCGUUGCACGGCAUGGAUCCCAACGAGGUCGACACGCCGGCGGACGUGGCCGACGGAUCCGUGCGGGGCGUCAAGCACGCCGCGAUGCGCAAACUGCAACACGAGCUCGGGAUCGACCCCGCCCUCCUCGACCUCCACGGCUUUCGUUUCCUCACGCGACUGCAUUACUGGGCCGCCGACACCGUCACGCACGGACCCGACGCGCCCUGGGGAGAACACGAAAUCGAUUACGUUCUCUUUUACGUCGUCGACAAGAUCGAGGCCUUGCCGCUACUACCGCAUCCCGAGGAAGUCGACGAUACCCGAUGGGUCACGCUCCAAGAACUACAAACCAUGAUGCGGGACGAUAACCUCCUCUUUUCUCCCUGGUUCCGUCUCAUUGUCGAAAAAUGGCUCGAAACCUGGUGGCAGAAUCUUGACGUUUGCAUGCGGCCCGAUCCCCAACAGAAC